UAUUAAUAAAGUGACCAAAUGACGACAAAAGUGACGCUUCGCCAUUCCUAAUAUGUCUAGUAAUAUUUCUCUUUUUAGUGACCAAAAACAUUUGGCGGGUGAAAUGGAAAGUGAACCCGACGAAGAAUCACAAGAUGCUCAAGUAAUAAAUGUAAUUCCUGUACAUUUUGAUGAGACAUACGAGGAACUCGGAGAGUCUUCGCCCCAAACUGCAGCUCCUGGAUCUGCCAAAGGAAAAUAUUAUAAGCAAACAUAUAGAAAAGCAUGGGAACAGAUGCCGGACUUUAAAGGAUGGUUAAGAGGUGUUCAAGGAGAGCCAACAAGAGCUUAUUGCAUGUACUGUGAAAAAACUUUACAUGCACACCGACUGAGUUUAUUAAAACAUACCUGCACAAUAAGACAUCAAAAAGCAGCACAAAUUCACAACAUACGUAAGAGUAAAAGUGACAAUUCUGACACCCAAGAAGAAAAUAAAAGCAUUUUGGUAAACAUGAAUGAAGAACAAAUUGUUGGAGAACACCCAGAAACAAUAAUAGAGUUUACUGAACCAUCUCAAAUUGAUGAUGUUGAACAUGAAGUAGAAGAAAUUGAAGACGAAGAGGAUGAAGAGCCAAGUUUCUCCAUACAUUUUCAAAAGUCUCGUAAUCAAAACUCAAAUGCAAUGAGCAGCACUAAACCUCCCAUUUCAACCCAUGUUCUUGACACUACCAAAGGAAUACCCGUUAAUGGACUGCAAGUGAGUCUUUAUAAACUCAUAGAGGGAAGAUGGACUUACAUAAAUGAAGGAAUAACCAGCACAGACGGCCGUUUUGCAAGUUUUUUAGAUAGGGAAAAUUUUUCUACAGGGAGAUACAAAUUGCAUUAUGAUGUAGACAGAUUCUUUGAAUCUAGGAAGCAAGAUUCUCUUUAUCCUUUCAUAGAGAUUGUCAUUGAUUGCCGAUCAUCUUCUGACCACUACCAUGUACCCCUUCUUUUAAGUCCUUAUGGAUACACAACCUACCGAGGUUCGUGAAUUUUUGUAGAUAAUGUAUUUAAUUUAUUUAGUAAAAUUCUAAUAAGAUUGAAUUAAGCAUAACUGGCAUUAAUUAUGUAUUGUAUUUAUAAUUACGGUAUUUUUCAUUUCUGUGUUUUAUAAGCUUAAUAUCAACUCGUUUUUGACCUAAUGUGUAGAUUCGUUUAGGAAAAAUUACCACAAUUUUAUGUUAGUUCCAAUAAAUGGGAUUCCGUUAUUA